AUGGCGCUUGCAGUAUGUGUCCAAGCAUGCCCUGACGCAGUGACAAUCGGACGCCCGGUGCCUAAGCCCCUUGCAGGCACUGCUGGAGCCAUCUUAGGCGUGGAGAUGGAGUUUCUAGGUCCCGCGUGGCAACCCGCUGCUCUCGUGGUCGUCGUGGCCUCCAUAUACUACAAAUGGAGACGAGUCAGUGUGCGUUUCUCUGUCCAAGCUGGCGUCUGGCCCCCAUGCUUUAUCGAUAGCCAUAUCUCUAUUAAAAUUUGUGUGGACGAAACGCACCGGCGUAUGGACAACAUAGUUGACUAUGAGUCAUCUGCACUAGCCGACUACCUCGAGCUCCUGCGCGGGGCUCCUCACAAUGCCGAAAUGCAUUCGGGAUAG